AUGUCACUAAAGUAUCACUACAUAAUUGAGGUGGAGGUGGAAUGGAACUUACAAUAUCAGAUUAUACAAGAUAAGUGCUUAAUAAUCUACGCUUCGAGCCAGGAGUCACAUGGCUUUGUUUGUAAACAAACGAAACUGUCACGGAAAGAAACAAUACAUUUCUUUGCAGUUAUUUUAAAAGUAAUUGUUUCUGACAAUGCUGUCAUGCACCAAGCUAUCUUUUUGCACCAAUACAAAAGCAGGAACACUUACGGUGGUCGUAUUUGCGAGAUGAGGUUUAGGGGAGUAUUGAUUUUCUUUGUGGGCAGUGUAGUAUGUUACCUGCGCAUCUCCGAACUUGACAAGUUUGACCGUAUGAUGAAGAAAGUGUUGAAGUUUGUUAAAGGCAAAAAAGAUGAAAGAAAAGAUUACGCACCUUCUAAUAUCGGCUUCAGUACCGGUGACCAAUACGCCAAACUACCGGUUUCCAGACCCACAGAAGAAGCGUCAACAACAAUAGAGCAUGCAUGCGGAUAUAGUGUAGAUAUAAACGGAAAGGACAAAAGCCUUACAAAAUUGCAUAAGGUAACAUGGCAAGGAAACCUGGAGAAAGUCAAAGCAGCAGUUAAAAAAACAGACAUUGACAUCCGUGACCGUUCGAACAGAACAGCAUUGCAUUUGGCUGCAGCAAGAGGUCAUGCAAAUGUUGUGUACUUUCUCGUAAAUAACAAAGCAAACGUUAACAUUCGAGACAGUGAUGGAAAAGUUCCUUUGUUGAAGUUACUCAGUCAGAUGAUGCAUACAUAUGACAGAGUAGAACUACAAAUGAUACCAAACAGGAUAGUGCAGAAACAAAAUGCUGUGCGGUUAUAG